AUGUCGGACGCUACGCAGUACGAGAAAACACCGCGAAGCACGGUCAAUCGCCUCAAGCAGCGAGCUGUAUAUGACCAGGAAACCAUCCGUUCGAUCAUCGACACAUCGCCCAUUUUACAUGUCUCGUUCCUUCCGGUACACCCCUCCGACGACCCAUUCCCGACAAUCCUCCCCAUGCUAGGCUGCUUCGGUGCGUACACGGCGCCGAACGCGGAGCUCCAGUCCGCGCCGGCCAUCUACCUCCACGGACACUCAGCAUCCCGCUUCUUCAAGCUCCCUGGAAACACCUCGUCCUGGGCCGCAGAGGAGGGACUCCCAGGACUCCCCGUCUGCGUCGCCGCAACGCACAUCGACGGUCUCGUCCUCGCACUGACGCCGUUUAACCACUCUUCCAACUACCGAAGCGCAGUUGUGCAUGGAUAUGCACAGCUCGUCACGGACGCCGCGGAGAAGGAUUAUGCGCUGACGCUGAUCACGGAUAACAUCGUCCCUGAGCGCUGGGCGAAUUCGCGCGUGCCGCCCACGGAGGCAGAGAUGAAAACGACGAGCGUGAUCCGCGUAGAUGUGGUAAGCGCCAGUGCGAAGGUCAGAGCGUACACGGCAGGGAACGAUAAGGCAGACCUUGAGGAUGAGAGCGUCGUUGGGAAGGUUUGGACAGGCGUCGUGCCGAUGUGGACGCAGUAUGGCGAGCCGGUGCCCGCUGUAGAGAAUCGCGUCAGUCGUGUUCCGGAACAUGUCGCAAGAGUCAUAGAAGAAAGGAACGCAGAGGGUGAGCAAUGGGCAAAGGAUAUUGCGACGAGGAAAGCUCCGAAGAAGACGUAG